GCCAUGUUGGAACAUUUAAUAAUUUGUGAUAGCUGAGUGGUAGUUAGUACCGUGGGAAAAAUUGGACUAAUUUAUUUUGUUUCAGUGUGUACCAUAUCCCUUUUAAGCUCUUGAUUUUGUUUUAAACGUAUUAGUUGCCACGUCCAUGUGAUUAUGAAGCAGACAUCCAUUUAUGGGCUUGUUUCGUGUUCAUUUUUCGAGUUCACCACUUGUUGCCAAGAGGAAAUAAUAUUUUGACGGGAGGGAUGAUGCGAAUCACUGUCUUUCAGUUUAUUCUGGGAACAGUGUUUAAAUAAUUGGUGAUCAUUCUGCUGUGUGUUCGUGUGUAACCUAAUUGUCGAAGUACCUUCUAUAACCUUGUUGUGUGAAUGAAAUAGUCUCGUCAUGUUAUAUGAAAGUGGUGUUUGUUGAAUUCUUUCAACGAAAUGAAGUUUUUCUCCUUUAUUUUUCUUCAAAUGGCGAAGAGCUGAAUUGUAUCAAGAACGCUGUGUAUUUUGUACAGUGUAAAGGAUGGCUGCCACCUUUGAUCCUUAUGAUAAAUCUAGUUGGUACUUCGGGACGAUGUCCCGUCAAGAUGCUACUGACUUGCUGAUGGGUGAAAAGGAGGGAGGUGUUUUUCUAGUAAGGGAUAGUGCAACAAUUCAUGGAGACUAUGUUCUCUGUGUUAGGGAAGAUAGCAAAGUCAGUCAUUACAUUAUAAAUAAAAUUCAACAAGGUGAACAAACUAGGUAUCGAAUUGGUGAUCAGAUGUUUCCAGACCUUCCAGCUUGCUUGGCAUUUUACAAGUUACAUUACUUAGACACUACUCCUCUUAUUAGACCAGCUCCACGAAGAGUGGAAAAAGUAAUAGCAAAAUAUGAUUUUGAUGGAAGUGUACAGGAUCAAGAUGAUUUGCCAUUUAAAAAAGGAGAAGUUCUGACUGUUGUUUCAAAAGAUGAAGAUCAGUGGUGGACAGCUCGCAAUAGCUUAGGUCACACAGGCUCCAUCCCUGUUCCAUAUGUCCAAAGGUAUGAUGACAACCAACAGUGUGUGAGUGAUGGACACCGACCAGGUUCUGGUGGUGGAAACCCUGUGAGUCAUCAGCAGGAAGCAAGGCGCACUAACAUACAGAGGAAGUUGCCUGCUUAUGCUCGAGUAAAACAAGCUAGAGUUCCCAAUGCCUACGACAAAACAGCAUUGAAACUCGAGGUCGGGGACAUUAUCAAAGUCACGAAGAUGAACAUCAAUGGUCAGUGGGAAGGGGAAUUGAAUGGCAAGGUAGGGCACUUCCCCUUCACACAUGUUGAAUUUGUUGAUUCGGAAAACAACGAUGGUGCUGAUGAGAGCUAAGACCUGCCACAGCACGGCAGCAAUGCAGCCACAAGUCCACAUUGCAUGGGCCACACUCAUACAUGGCCACAACGUGUGUGCGUGUGUGGGGAGGGGGGAUGAGCAAUGUGUAGCGCAACUUCAUGAAGAGGAUAUCUCAGCUUCUAAAAUUGUAGUGUAAGCUUCUGAUAGAAACAGAAACGCCACUAGUGUGCAGUAAAACUAACCAGAAAGGCACAGAAAGAAAGAUUCACAGUAACAAAAAUAUAGCAAAAUUAUAUUUUAUGAUGUGACUGCUGUUGCUGUAGUUUCAUACUUACUCACCCUACUUCUGCUUGUCCUUUCUGUUUAGAGUUGCUGAGUCCAUUAAGCUUUAAUAUCAUCUUGAUUUUUCCUAUGGGAAUGACAAGAAUCUUGAGUUCAUUCAAACUGUUUCGACUUGUGUGAAGCACUAUUGCACACAAGGAAUGUCGGGGCAUGAGUCAAAGUGCAGAGUUUUUGGACACUGCUGUGCUGCUUCUGUAAGAAUGGUUGUGGCAAAAGGACAUUGAAUGUAGAGAAAAUUGCUUGGCAUUUGUAUAUAGCUGUAAGGAGAGAUAAAGCAUUGUAGCUGGUAGCAAAAAGAAGGUGCUCCCUGCUCUGGGGUGAAAAUUAUUGGGAGUUGUUCUUGUGAUGUAUUUUUGGAGUUUACUCCAAUUUUUAUUCCUAGGCAACAUCACAGAUUUAUACCUGAGGGAAUAAUUUUCAGUGAUUCAUUUAUAUUUUAUGUAUUAGAAAAAUUGAGUGCUCGAUGCUUAAGAAUGAUUAGUGCUCAAAUUCGCCCAUAACGCGAUUAUAGGCUUCUAUAUUGACAUGCAUUGGUGCAUGGUAUGGUAUAACUAAGGACUGAAUGUAUGGCAAAUUGCUAUACUUGUAUGAAUUGUGUCAAGUUGUAGGACUGUUUGUCUGUGUGUCUGAAGAAUUUUAUCUUUCCGAGUUAAUAUAAGAUUAUCUGAUUUUAAGACCAAUUUGUGUUCUUGUGCUCAUUGUUUGAUUUUCUUUUUGUGUGGUUUUAAGUUGUGAGGAGUGUAUCUAAAUGUUAUAUUUGCCUGUAUUGUAUAAUUAGAAAUCAUAUUUUUCUGACUUUAUAAAAUUUUGUAUGUGUUCUGCAUCUGUAGAAUGCGAAAUUGUCUUCACUCAUAUACUCAACAUAAAAUACAUUAAUUAUUCUUACUCUGGUCGGAGUGAGUUUUUAAAAACCUGUAAAACUGUAUUAUAAGUUUAUGAAUUUUCACAUGUACCAAGUACACGAUUUGGCAAUCAGUUUGUGCGUGUCAGUUUUACCUUAUGAAUUUAUGGGUUGUAUUGCAGGAAUUUGUAUGGUAUUCAUGUUUCAUAUGGUGUAAAUACUAGCUACUAACUUAAGAACAUGAUUUGCAAUCUUGCAACUGCAUGCUUUGAAGCAAUAUAUGCUACAUCAAAAGUUGUACCCAACUUCCUCACAAAAUUGUUCCUGGCAUCCUAGUUUUUAAGGGACAAGUUUUGUGCACUUUAUGUUUUAACCAGUGAAUAAAUAUUUUCCAUCAAUAGUUGUGAAUGUGUGUGUACGUACAUGUUUUUUGGGACAUGACCAUCUCUGAGCAAGUGCCAUAAUUUAAUCCAGUGUACAUAAUUGUCUAAGAUAACUGGACAAUGUUUUGUGAUGAUGGAUAUGUAUUGAAACAGAGGAGCUAAAGCUAUUUCUUAUGUUUCUUUGUUAUCAGAAUGAAUAAGGACCUACCCAUUCGUUGAAUGGUUCAGGCUAUUUCUCAAUUAUAUUCCCAGGGUUGUGGUCUUCCAUGUAGAUAUGGCAUUUUUAACUUAUUGACUGUGUGUCUUGCUUUUUCAUAAACUUCAGGGCUACUUCACUUUGUGGUACAGUCCCAAUUUUAUUUGUUGCCGUUUAUUUCGAGUUUUGUUCACUGUUGUGAAAUUUAUAUGGUUUCCAUUCAUUAAGUUAAUGUAGUUUGUAUUUAAUUUUGUGUUAUAUCUUCUUUUAACCUUGUUAUUUAUGGGUCAAAGUGGAGAGGGGAAAAGUGAUAUUUUGUAUGAACUGGAGUACUGUGAAUUUGCUAUGCCUGUCUGAGUAUUGUAAUUUUCACAGUGCUUUGACUGCUGCUAUCAUUAUAUCAGGGAUUGUUACAUUGGCCACCCCAUAUUGUACAUGUGGUAUUGUUUGCUAACUUAUAAAUCUGAUGUUCUUCAAUUGUACUUUUAUGGUAGAGGAAAAUACUGACUCCAUCCAUGACUGAAUUCAACAUUUGUGAUAUUCUGAGAGAUGUGUGUAAUUAUCAGUUGAGCUGAAAAUGUACCUUGUUGAUUAUUCUUAUUAUUCAUGUAAGUGAACAAGUACUGUAAAAACUAUGUGAGAUAUUAUGGCCUACUGAAUGGAAUUUUAUUGAAUUAAAUUAGGAUGAAUUUUUGGCCUCAUUCAUGGAUGGAAACACUGUUCAGUCUUGUCUCGAGAUUGGAACAUUUUUUGUUUUCGUGAAAUGUGCUUCACCAGCACUAUAUUGUUGGCAACAAGAAAAUAAUAUGAAUUAAUGUUGUAUGCAGUUGUAUUAAAUAUAAACACUACCAAUUCCUAGUCUAUCUCAGUCCAAGGUAAAAUUUUUUCUCAUGUUCUCUUAGAUAUAUAUGCAUUUUGUGAUUGUAAACCUAUGACUUUGAAACCUGUUGCUGUGGAGAUUUUCAGUGUUUCAGUUGUAAUGAUUCUUUGCUAAUUUGUGCUUUCAAUCUUAAGCAGAUGCAGCCAAGGAAUAUGUAAUAUUACUUUGAAAUUUAUCCCUUGUAAUUUUUUAACUAAUUUAUUCUGGAUGUGCACACUGGAGUCUGUGAGAUCCCAGCAGGAUUUUCUCUCUCUAUUUCUCUCUCUUUCUCUCGACGUUUUUCAAGGGACUGCAGGGAAAAAUAACAGAAAACAAGGAAAAUCUAGCUGCAAAAUGAAAACUCAAUAUUUUGAAAAUUCUGUUGUGUUAGAAAAUGUGUAUAUAUUAUUCUCAAUGCAGAAACCUUGUCAAGGCAGCAAGUUCUUACUUUUGAAAUGAGUCUGAUCUUAUACCAAUUGCUUUUUUUCUACUCCUAUAGUAUAAAUUUCCCCUCUGAAAAUGUGACAACUGCACCAUAAUCACCCAUAUUACUUGAUGCCCCUGUGUUUCAUACAAAUAGGCCAGAUGUUUAAUGUGCAAUGUUGGCAAACAUGCGAAGCCAUGCCAGAUGACAUACAAACAUUAUGCAUAGGCGUACCUAUGCAUGAAUAGCAUAACGCUGUACCUAUGCAUUGCACGACGACUUGCAGACAGUGGGCAUCAUUAUCAAUGCACCCUGUGGUUUUGUUCAAUUUACAUGGAUCCUAUCAAGUUCCAAUGGAAGGCCUUGUGUACCAACAAAAGUAAACAAUUUGAAAGCCAAACCAAAUACAUGUUUCUUGAGCUCCUUGAGAAUGGCAUAAUCAUUUUCACCUACAGAUCAUCUAUGUCAGGGUCUAGUCAGGACAUUCAUUAUGAACCUAUAAUCAUAAUAAGGCUAAUAAAUAUAAAAUACAUAUUUGAAAUAAUUAAUCAUGGGAAGUAUAGAAAUUAAGCUGGGACUUAUGAACAACAGUGCAUAAAUGUCCAAAAUGUGUAAAUGGAAUUUUAAUGUACAUAUGUAUGACAAAAGUUUCAUUUUUCUAAGCAGUAUUCUUUAUGCAUGUCAAUAUGAAACAUUAUUUUGUGAUUUCAGUGUAUAGUGCUCAUCAGUCACAUGUGCUCAAAAUAUUUAAAUGCUACAUUUUAGAACAGGGCAGUUUUAUGUUAUAAAUAGAAUACAUGAUCAAAAUUUCUUAAAAUUAAAAUAUUUUCUUAGUCCUGCAGACCCCAGUGUGCAAUGUGUGUAACAAAAAAUAAGUAUGUGUGUGCAGGAAUUAUUACAUUUAAAAUAACACCAACAGCCUUGACUGUAUCGAAAUAAUAAUAAUAAUGUAAUUAAGUGAUAAUUAUUUAAUAUUGUGAAACUUAAGGUUUAACAAUAUAAAUUUUUGUGUAUAAAAAUUAGCUUCCUAACACAAAAAUCAAAAUAAUGUAUACUCCCAAGAAGUAUUGUUAUUCAUAAUAAAGUGUGGAAUUGUAUGUUCAUCAAAUAUUUGCUAUUAGAAAAACAAGUUUUCAUUUUUAAAGAUUUUUCCUUUAGUGUCUUGCAGCAUUGAGACAACAUUGGCAGAAAAAAAGAAAUGUCGCAUUUCUUGUUUAUUACCAACUCAUCUUUAUUGAGAAAACUUUAAAAAAUAUUUCUUUAUUUCCUCAAUUCUGAAAGAAUUUUAUAAUAAUGAGAAUAUAAAAAUAUACUUGCAAUAUAGAGCUCAAGCAAUUAUUAUUAUUGUUCUUCUUCUUCUUCUUAUUAUUAUUAUUAUUUACAAUUACUAUACCAUAUUUGUAUUUUAAAAGUUAAUUUUGUCUUGGCAUAUCUACCUAAGAAUCAAGCCAGAUGAAUAAGAGACCUUGUAAUAUCAUUUGGUUUCCUGGAAAAGAAUUCAUUCAUAAGGUGUUCAAAAAACAUUUUCACUAUUUAUUGAUAGUUUUUCUUAAAAGGUACUUGAAGUUCUCUACAGCAACUGUUAAGGGUAGCCAGAUAUUAAUUUUCCCCAUCUUUGUGUACUCUGCAUUGCUCAACUCUGAAACAUUUGAAUCUGCACACACUUUUCGGUGCACUAACUUACCCUCAUGAUUGUGUGAUUAAUAAAUAUGUCAAGAGUUGUUUCUUUCUUCCUUCCUACCUUUGAAUAGUGGUUAUGUACACUUGCAGUCAUAUCGAAUAAAUGUAUAUGGUUGUACAUUGUGACAAGAUUUGGAUUGCACAUCAGGCUGUGUUUAACAUAUUGAUACCUAAUCAGAUUAUGAUAUGCUUGAAAAUUAAUUUUCUUGUUUGGGUAUAUGUGUAUGGACACAUUUUUACAAAGAACUGCUGAUAAGUUUUGCAUUUGUUUAUUUUAACUUGAGUUUGUAUAUUUUAUUGUUUUAUUAAAACAUAUGUCACCUUAAUUUUCUGUUAUUAAAUUUUAUUUGGUGCAGAUUAUUGGCUGACUUAUAAGUUGUAGUUUGGCUCAUUAAUUAUAAGUUUUCAGAGUAUAAGUCAAUUAGAGAUAUUAAUUUUAAACCUGUUUGGUUGCUUGAAGUGUUUGAAAAGUAUGUGAAAAUGGUAGGAAUCUCCAUUUACUGCUUGCAGCUUUUCUUAACAUAAUUUUCUUUUAAAUUGUUCAUCAUUGGAUUGUAAAAGAUAAAUUGAUUAAUUCAUUUCUGGUGUAUUGUAUUGAUUUCAGGGUUUUUAAUUUUGGAGUGUUGUGUUUUGGAACUGAAUAGAAAUCCAAUUUCUACUUAUGUGCAUAUAUUUUUGUAAAUUGUUUCAAUGUGUCAUUUUUGAAGUUGUGAAUAAUCCAGUAGUUUAGGUGAUAAAGUUUGAUAAUGGUGAGUUAUGUAGAGUGUAUUUUUAUGACCCUAAUCAGCCGAAACUAGUGGAUUUUUCUGUUCCCCUUCUCUGCUCAAAGAAGUUGUGAUUGAAAAAAUGUAGCAUCAAUUAUUUCCUUUGCAAAUGAUGAUGCUCUACUGUUUUUUGCUUCUAGAAUAUGCACCAAAACGUUAUUUUUAAAAUGUUACUCCUAUUUGUGAACAUGCACAUUCUGUAAUUAGCACAGAAUUAUUUUCUUUACACUCUGGAGAUUAGAACAUGUAACUUGUAACAGGGAAUGCGUUGAAGACAGUGAGAGAUGGACGACAGAAAUCAAAACUUCUGUGUGUACUAAAAUAUUUUCAGAAGCUUAAGUUGGAACUACAAGGAAUCUUAUGUUAACAAUAUAAGAUUCCUUGACACAAAAAUGUUAAGUUGGAGCUACAAGGAAUAUUAUGAAAACUGUUCAUGUGAAAGUAUGUUUCAUAAUAGUAAUUCUGUGUUUUCAUUAGAUCCUUAAGCUUUGAAAUUAUUUGAGGAAAUACAAUUCAUUGUUUAGUAAAGAAUUUUGCAAAUUUUGUUCUUGUGAAUCAUUGCAGGAUUUUGUGUGUUGUAAUAUAUCAUAAAAUCAGUGUUAAUAUGAUAAUAGGUUUUUGUUUAUGGUCUUUCUCGAGCUAUUUUCUCAAAAACAAUCAUGUAGAUUCCAAAAAUGUCUGUGAUGCAAUGCAAAAUAUCAUUUUAUGACUAUGAUGUAUUGCUGUUAGUGGAACAUAUAGACCCUAACAUCUCUCUAAUGCACUGAGGUUUUUUAAAAUAUUCUGUCAAUAGUUUUUGUAAUUGCACCAAUAGAGGUGUCGUGGCUUCUGCAAAUUUUGCUGAAUUACAUAAGCAUUUUAAGUAAUAUCCAGAUAGGAGUUGAGAAAUCAAAACUUAACUUUGAUUGAAGAAUUGGUGUACAAGUGUGUGUGUGUGUGCAAAUGGAUAACCUUGUUCUUCUAUGAAUGUGAGAUAAAUGUCUGACCCAAUUAAUUAGUUUUAAAUGGUCUGAAUCUCCAAUCAGGGUGUAUAAUUUCUGUUGUGUAGGAGUUGAUGUUCCAUUUGAAUGGUACAACGAUCAAUUUCAAUCUAGGCUAAGAGGAAGUGGGUGCCUAACACGUGAAUUUUAUGUGUAUUUGGAUCACUGAAAAUAGGAUACUUUUUCAAAAACUGCAUAUUGCCUGACGUUAAUUAGAAUACCCUCAAUCAAAUCAUUCCAGUAUAUUAAGAAAUUAAUGUAUUUACAUUAAAACCAUCGUAGUUAAGUGUACAAUUCGUCCUUGCUACUUGAACAGUAGAUGAAUUAAUACUUUAGUACGUUAAAGUACAUUUUGGCUUAGUUUACUUGGUUAAUCAGCAAAAAUUCUAAAAACUUGUAUUUCAAUUCACUUUCCUUCAAAUGAAUUUGUUGAUAAGGUGAUGCAUUUUCUUUGAACAUUAUGGGCUUGUUUGUUCUUUCAGUCAACUGUGGUGGGGAGAAGUCAAUGGAACAUUGGAGUUCAUGGAAGUCAUAAGAGACUAUAAAACAGGAACCGGUAUAAUACUUUGAUUUUAUUUUUAAAGUUUUGUUUUCAUUCAUAGUUUAUGGCUUUGAUAGCACGGAAUCUUCAUUAAUGUCAGUGAAUAAUCAAUGUUGGUCAUAGAGUAUCUUGGUUCUGUAUGUUGAAUUUUCAAUUUUCUGAAUGGUAGAAUUCCUCAGCAAGGGAUGUAUAUGAUUGAGUUUACUAUUAAGAUCCUGUCCCUUGGCAGAUGUGUGAUGCCCUCUUUAAGUUUACAGAGGUUCCAAAUUGAUGAAUGAGUCUUGGAGUUGAUGGGUAAAUAAAAGGAAAAGGAACAAUCUCAUUCUCUUAGCAAACUUAAAUUUCAUACUAGUUUUUCCAUAUGACCAGUAUAUUAUGAGCUAUUAACUCCCAUUUGUCAGUAGUCUAAUAGAAACCUUCAUUCUUCUUGGGUGUAUGUUAAUUUAUUUAUUUUAUUAUAAUUUUAUUUCCUAAGCAGUUUUUAAUUCUUGUGGAGAAAAUAGAUUAGCUUCAAACCAACAUUGUUUGAAAUGCAAAGUGGAUAACUUUUGCUGUUUGUGAAACAAUAGGGUAAAAUUCAUUUGUAUUGCACCCAAUUGCCUUGAAAUUGAUGGUACAUGUUCUUAAUCUAUAGCAAAUGUGAACUUGUCCUUAAUAUCAGAAAAGAAAUGGAGUUUUUCAAGUGUGGCAAUAUUACUGCAUUGUGAUGCAACUACCUACCUAUUAGUGUCUUCAGGUUAUUGAGAUGGGACAAAAGUAAUUUUGGAAUACUAAUUUUAUUAUGCUUCCAAGGAAUUUUUACACUGACAAACUUCUGCAUUAGAAAGUUUAAUUUCUAUCAAUUGUAUGAGAAAUCUUCCUUUCAUACUCUUGUCAGUGAUCUUACAUGUGUGGUUGCUAACAAGAAAAAAUGUAAUGAACCAUCUGAAAAACAAUUCAAUAUAUAUCAAAACAAUAUCUAUAUACAGGUAUCCAG